AUGGGGUCGGCCAUCCCAAGCAGCGACAUCGCUCCUAGCACAACUUCCGUAUCUGAUUCCUCGAUGCGCCCGCCAGUCACAGUGCCGCUUCCAAUUACUGAAAUAAAUAAACAGGCCAUUUUUAAGGCUAAUGAGACGAAAAAUGAUAUUACUUUGCCCCACAAAGGGUCGCCUCUUCUUAUCUCUUGUCGGGUGGCGCGGUUAGAAAGUGGCCACAAUUUACCAAACGGAUCUAUAAGGAAAGAUACAAUUACUCCAUCUGAUCCAGGUCCAACAUCUGACGAUCCAUCAUCAACGUCGGAUGGCGGGGCCAACGCUCCAUCCAGUCCCUAUGCUGUUGCUGCUCGCCUCUCAAAGUCGAUGGCUGAGGACGCACUGUUUCGCAAUCCACAGGCGCCACCACUGGCAAAAAAAUUUAAAUGGAAGCCAGCACCUAUUUACAUUCCUCCUCAGGUUAACCUCUCCUACUUUUAUUUAGGGUGA